GAACUUCAAACAAAUACUUCACCUUCAAGCAACUGAAAAAUAACCUCUCUCAACACUAUCUCUUCACGCACUCCUCCUAGAACUCGUUACGAUGGUCAACCCACUCUACGUUGUAUACGCCCUCUCCGCCAUCGCGGGAGUUGAGGCAUGCAAGAGAACCUGCUCUGCCUCCAACGAUGCCGGCACCACCUGCAGCUACUCGUGCACUCAGGUUUGCUCCAGUAUCUCGGCCAAGCAAGCUCGUGAUACAUUCCUCGCGGCUCUCCAGUCCGGCGGCAACUCGUGCUCUGCUGUCGGAACUAGUGGUGUCUCGUGCAGGAAGACGGCCAAGUUUGGAAGCUGCUAUGAUCAUCACUGGUCAUGUGGCAGUGGCUGCUAGAUUGGUCACAAGGAGGAGAGCUAUAUAAUCGGGCAAGAUACGGAUGGAGGGCAUAAAUGUGAGGAUAAAGUCUGUGCAAGUCUGAGCCAACAGUUGAUCUUGGCGGAUGUCAUCAGUAUUUAGCUGCAUGUUCCAGAAAAGCUCUCAUGGUCAUCAGAAUUAGCAAAGAACUCUUCAAAG